GCCCCAUUGUUCACCUAAACAAAUACCAUUAAAUACUGUUCUAGUUUCAACCUUUUUCCUUUCUAAUCUCAUUCCAAUGGCUACUGUUGCUGAAAUGUCCCUUGCCUCCGACCCCGUCCCCACGAAGAAAGGGAAGUCGAGGAAGGCGUUGAAGCAGAAAAACCAGUCAUCGAAUGAAGCCAAUAUACUGGCUGGAACUGUAGCUCAGUCGCCUUCCGUGUUAAUGCCUGUGGAUGAUUCUGUUAAGGAGAAUCUUGAACCACAAUCUCAGAAGAAAUCGAACAAGAGAGGGGCCUCAAAGGCCUUGAAGCAGCAUGCAGAACGAAGUUCUUUUGAGAGAGAGUUGGCAGAAAUGCAAGAAAAGCUUCAGAAGAUGACACUUGAGAAGGAGCAGACUGAGGAAAUGCUGAAGGUCAGAGAGGAAAUGUUGAAACAGAAAGAGGAAGAGCUCGAAGCUCGGGGUAAAGAGCACGAGAAGCUUCAGACUGAGCUCAAAAAACUGCAGAAAAUGAAAGAGUUCAAACCAACCCUGAACUUCCCUAUAGUGCAAUCUCUUAGGGACAAUGAGGAAAAGAAAGAGAAGAAAAAGAAGGCGGAUCCUUCGAAGAAAAGGCCAGUACCGCCAUAUCUGUUGUGGUGCAAAGAUCAGUGGAAUGAGGUGAAAAAGGCUAAACCAAAUGCUGAGUUCAAGGAGACAGCAAGUUUAUUGGGGGCUAAGUGGAAAACAUUAAGUGCAGAAGAGAAAAAGCCUUAUCAGGAAAAAUACCAAGCUGAGAAGGAAGCAUACUUGAAGAUCAUCGGAAUGGAGAAGCGUGAACACGAAGCUAUGAGGCUCUUCGAUGAAGAGCAGAAACAAAAGACAGCUAUGGAGUUACUUGAACAGUAUAUUCAAUUCCAGCAAGGAGCAAUAGUGAACGAAAACAAGAAGAAAAAGAAAGAAAAGGACCCCUUGAAACCAAAGCAACCGUUGUCAGCAUUUUUCCUGUUUACCAAUGAGCGUCGAGCUUCUCUACUUGCUGAGAACAACAAUGUGAAGGAGGUGGCGAAGAUUACCGGUGAAGAAUGGAAGAUCAUGACAGAGAAACAAAAAGCACCCUAUGAAGAGAUGGCGAUGAAGAAAAAGGAGCAAUAUCUGCAAGAAAUGGAAGUUUAUAAGAAGAAGAAAGACGAAGAAGCUGCUGAACACAUGAAGGAAGAGGAGGAGCUGAUGAAACUCAAGAAGCAAGAAGCACUUCAAUUGCUCAAAAAGAAAGAAAAGACCGAAAAUUUAAUCAAGAAAACGAAAGCAAAUCGCCAAAAGAAGAAACAAAAGGACGACAAUGUGGAUCCUAACAAACCAAAGAAGCCCGCUUCAUCAUUCUUCCGUUUCAGUAGAGAGGAACGAAAGAAACUAGUUGAAGAGCGGCCCGGAAUCACCAAUUCUACCAUUAAUGCUCUCAUUUCACUCAAAUGGAAGGAACUGAGUGAAGAAGAAAAACAAGUGUGGAAUAAGGAAGCAGCUGAAGCAAUGGAAGCCUACAAAACGGAAAUGGAAGAAUACAACAAAACUGCAGCAGAACAACAAGUAGAAAAACCAAUAAGAAAUUAGCUGCUUAGAACUAGUUCAACUGGCUAUGUUGAAGUGCUAGUUAGAGUUGAUAACUUUGAAAAUAGUCAUUUGAUGAUGUCAUUUUAAUUAGUUUACUCUUUGCUAAUUUCCUUUUCAUUUGACUUCUAAUGGAUGACUUUGGGUUUUAGCCA